GCAAAGGAUCAAUGGUGUCCGCUGGGCGACUCGGGGAGCAUGCAGGAGGCUUGAGCUAUUGAGCUAACUAUAUCUUUCAUCGUAGGAAUAUACUAUCUCAUUGCUACAAAUUUCAUUGGAAUAUUCAUUUCUUUGCUCUAACAAUAUGUAAUAACAGCCCAUUUUUGCUAUUCUGAAGGAUACAUUAUUAGCUGGAACAAAUUACUUCGAGCUUUACUGUGUCGGUCCGGACAAGACUAUCAAGUUUGGUCAAUGACAGCAACGUGACGCGCGCCGUGUUGGAGAUGCCAGUGUCUUCCGAAAUCGAUAUUCGCCAUGGCAACUGUAUUUACAGAAUAGUUCAUAUAAUCUAACAGUAUCAAUUUGACCCUAUUGAAAACCUAGGAUACGACCUAUUGCUUUUUAAUCAUAGACGAAAGUAUUCGAAAGAUAUAUCAUCAUGGAUGGGGAAGAAGAUGACGGUACAAUGAUACAUGUAUAUGACGAGGAAAGACCUCGGACUGGCUCCAGCAUGGGUCCAGGAAGCCGACAGAUGACGCCUGCCAAGCUGAGCCGCACCCCCGACCUAUCAGAGGAGAGGCAAGCCAAUGGGAAUGACAACAACAACAAAUACACGGACGCAGACGUAUUGAUCUUUUCAGAAGAUGAGAAGCCAGCCGAUGAUUUCUUCAUGACUGAGAUCAGGGAGCAGACCGAUGUAACAGACGACGGAUACCUGGAUGAUGAGGUGAUGGAGGGAGAGGAGGAAAAUGUCGAUCGGGAAAUAGAAGAUGUCGAGUCAGAUCCGGAUACGGACCUUGAGGAUGCUGAAAAUUUCAAUCCUGAUCGACCUCCGACCGUUGACCUCUCCGGCAAGUCUGGGUACAUCAAGGCGUGUGCGGACGUGGGCGUCGUGCCGUGUAGCCCGUUCGCGCGGAGUAUCACAGAGGAGGAGAUCCGGAUACGACACUAUUGCUGCGGACCUGAUGGUGCAAGGGCUAUGGCUCAUCCUCUGACGUUCAACACAACCAUGAUCAAACUCGACCUCGAGGACAACGGUAUAGAAGCAGACGGGGCGAAACAUCUUGCCAGGAUGCUGCAGGAAAAUUGCUAUCUCACAGAAUUAAGUCUUGCCAACAAUAGUCUUCGCAGUGAAGGUGCUGAACAUAUCUGCUAUGCAAUGAAGAAUGGCUCAUUUGUUACAAAGCUCAACUUAUCAGGCAAUCACUUUGUGGACAAAGACGCAAGUUUGUUUGUGGAACUCAUUGAGGUAAACAGUGUACUAAAAGAGUUGGACUUAAGUCAUAACGAAUUUGGAGAACAGGGUGGCCUGGAGUUGGGACCAGCAAUAGGAUGUAACGACACACUGGAGAUACUAAACAUCAGCUGGAACCACUUCAGAAAUCAAGGGGCUGUGGCAGUAGCAGAGGGGAUAAAGGAAAAUGUGCGCCUGAAGAAAGUUGACAUCUCUUGGAAUGGCUUUGGCAAAGAAGGUGGGGUGAUGUUAGGCAAGGCUUUACUUGAGAACAGGAGCAUCUUCUGGAUCAACAUGAACAGUGUGCGGCUGGACAAUGAUGGUGCAGAAGCUGUGGCCAGGGGCCUAAAGGUCAACGAUACUUUGGAAACCUUAUUGAUGACGGACAACAACUUCACAGCGGCAGGUGCCAAUGUUAUAGCCACGGCACUUGGCACGAAUGACAGCUCAGCUUUGCGUCAUCUAGACAUGCAGUCAAUCGUGGUGACCGAUGAGUUCCUCCCCAUUCUGGAUAAAGUCAAGGAGACAAUCCCCGACAUCGAUGUGCUUUACACUCUGGUUGUGUUCAAACCAAAACCGAGGACACCAUCACAAUCUAGUGAACUAAAUGGUGAAAACUUGGAAAACGAAAACAAUGUGAAUGACAGUAGAUCACAAUCAAGAAGUCAGAGACUAAACUCUUUAACAAGGCCGAUAAGUAGCACGAACACUAGCAGGGGUUCGAGUCGGGUUACGAGUGCUAAGCAGACUGAGCCAAAAGGAAGACCACUGAGUAGCUCAACGCAGAAAAGUAAUUCAAACAGUCGUCCUACCAGUAGAACAAGUAAGGUGACGUCUGCCGGCAGGCCAGGGAGUAGGACAGUGGCUUCAGCUGGAAGUAGGAGUUCAAGUAGACCAGUUAGUACAAAACAGGAUCGACGAUGACUUGGAUAAUGAAUUAGCUUGGAAUGUAUCAUGUUUCAAACGACACGUUGCAGAGUCACAGCCGGUUUCUGACCAAGGGUUAUCUAAGUGUCAGUAAACAACGUUUUUAAGGACAUGAUUUGUUGCUACAACUGCAUCACAGUAGUUUAAAUCACGCUGAUAAGCUCCCUCUUCCAUCAGUUACAGCCAAUUUUUGAAGACAAGUUGUUUAAACGUCACAACCAGUUCUUGGAGACACGUUACAAGCCAACAAUCCCUCCUAGAUGAAGACUUGCUGCGUUGUUACUACAAAUUCUUGGGGACUUGUUAGCAUGUAACAGUUUUUUUAGAAAACGACAUGUUACAAUGGGAUUGUAGCCAAUUUUUGGGACUUGCUUCAAUGCAACAAUCAGUUCAAGACGAGGACUUGUUACAAUGUCACAACCAGCAGAUCUUGGGGACGCCCACAUUCAUUUUCACAAUCAUUCAAUUCAGUCACAAUGCAUCAUCAUGAUGCACAACCUAUACUAUGCAAACAAGCUGUGGCUACACCCAUGCUCCUGCCAGCAAUACCUCAAUAAAAGAAACACAAGAACUAAUUAUCAUUCACCACUAUUGUUUCUUGUCUUUAUUCACAUAAUUUUACAGUCAAAUG